AUGGCUUGGGCUGAACCUAGAGACACUGGCAUGGUCUACCGCCGACUGGGGCGCAGUGGACUACAUGUUUCUGCCAUUGCUCUCGGCAGUUGGAUGACCUACGGAGGUUACGCUGAGGAUGAGGAGGCAUUUGCUUGCAUGAAGAAGGCGUAUGAUUUGGGUAUCAACUUCUUUGACACCGCGGAAAACUACACCGCUGGACAGGCUGAGAUUGUUAUGGGCAAGGCCAUCAAGCAUUUCGGAUGGAAGCGCAGUGACUUGGUUAUCAGCACAAAGAUCAACUGGGGUGCUGUCAAUGGAGAAAUCCUCGUCAACAACCACGGUCUCUCAAGAAAGCACGUAAUUGAAGGCCUAGAAGCCUCUCUGGAGCGUCUUCAGCUAAAAUACGUCGAUAUUGUGUACGCACACAGACCGGAUAGACUAACACCCAUGGAGGAGACUGUGCGCGCCUUCAACUACCUGAUUGACAAUGGAAAGGCUUUCUACUGGGGAACGUCAGAGUGGUCCGCCGAUGAGAUUGCUGAAGCUGUCGGCAUUGCCCGCGAUCUACGAAUGAUCGGACCCGUCGUAGAGCAGCCAUUCUACAACAUCCUCGCCAGAGACAGAGUAGAAGGCCAAUUCCAGCGUCUCUACGAGCGCAUGGGACUAGGCAUCACCUCUUUCUCACCAAUCAAGAUGGGCGUCCUAAGCGGCAAGUACAACAAUAUCGUCGACGGCCAACCACCCAAGGACUCUCGCUUCGGCGCCAGCAAGGACGCUUUUGCGGAUUUCAUGCGCGGCCAUAUCGGCACCGACGACUGGGAGGAGGAGAUCGAGAAGGUACGCCAGCUGAAGCCCAUUGCAGACAAGCUGGGAAUCAGCCAAGCCCAGCUUGCGGUUGCGUGGUGUCUCAAGAACCCCAACGUCACCAGUGUUAUCACCGGUGCUAGUCGGCCUGAGCAGUUGGAGGAGACGGUGGCUUCGCUCAAGAUUCUUGAUAAGCUUACGCCUGAGAUUAUGGAGGAGAUUGAUGCUGUUACUAAGAACAAGGUUGAGCUGGAUCCUGCUAGACAAAGCUGA